GUGUUUUUUAAACUCGGCAUGUUCUAAGAAGACUGAAUUCACUUUUUAACUGAAGUCUAGGAUUAGGAAAUUCAAUAGUGUGAAAUAUAUCGCUGACACCGGUUUAUAAAAUGUGCUUUUAAAAUGUUUCUAAAAACGUCUAAUAUGUUUUCAAGGAUUUGUGUCAGACAUGUCUCCACACACACAUCGCAGCUCAACAACGAGGUUUUGAACGUUUUUAAGGAUUGUUCGACAGUGUUCGAUUUAACGUUUGGUGACGGUGUUCAGUCGACACUGCUGCUAGAGAAAGGUCACCAUGUAUUCGGUCUCGACCAGGAUGAUACUGUUGUCGACAGGUAUCAUCAAAACUGCGAUAAGAACUUUAUCGGUCGAAUUGGGAAAUUCAGUGAUCUACCGAGUAUUGUUAAACAAAAUGACGAACUUCAAAAAUGGACAAAAUCUUGCGACGGAAUUCUCCUGGAUCUAGGAAUUUCUCAGGCCCAGUUGAAUUCUUCUAGAGGGUUUAACAUGGAAUCUGAUGAACCUCUGGAUUUAAGAAUGAACGGGUCGGGACCAACUGCGGCUGAAGUUAUUGAAUACUUAGAUAUGGAAUCAAUAAUCAAGAUAUUCAAGGUGUACGGAGGUGUUACUUGUGCGAAGAAUAUCGUAACUGAUGUUAUAGAAAGACGAUAUAUGAACAACCCCAUCAAGACGUCCAGAGAGUUAUCUAGUCUUGUGAAUAGCUGUUUAUCUGCCGUACCUCAUUUUGAGACUGAGAACCAAAAAGAAUUGAUCAAACAAAAUACAAUGAAGGUGUUUCUUGCACUCCGUCUGUUUGUCAAUAAUGAACUUAACGAAUUGAAUUUUGUAAUUAAACUUGCUAGAACAAUUCUAGGCCCAGGUUCCAAACUAGCAGUAGUUCUUCGAAGUGAGAAGGAAGAAGCAAAGUUCAGAAAUUUAAUUUUCUCCGAAGCCAACGAUGCGACGGGAUUAAUGGAUUGGAGAUUGGACAAUGUUCUUGAGGAGGAAUCAGGAAAACUUCUCGCAUUUUCUAAAAUUUAAAACUAGAUAAAAUGUAUGUAAUAAAUUAAUUAUCAAGUUAUUGAUUUAUGAUUUAAGUAAUGUAGAUUAUCUAAGAACGUUUAGAGCGAUGUCAUUUCUUAUUUAUCGUUUUAGA